AUGGGAGACAGACCUGACGAAAGAUAUUUAAAACGAUGUUUCGAAGAGAUAAAUUCUGCUAUUAAUAAAACAAUUGAUGAAUCACAACCUAAACAAUCACAAUCUCAAUCUGAUGUAUUUCGCACAAAUUCAGUAUUGAGUACAGGUGCAUAUAUAUUUACAGUAAAUAAAUCCGAACAAGAAAAAUUGGAUAAGUUUAAAGAAGAUAUUCAAUAUUAUGUCGAUCAAUAUCGACCACGUUUGAGUGAUACGUGUAAAAGAUAUUUAUUUGAAUACUUACAUCAAUUUCAUUAUGAUGAAGAUGAACAAAAAUUUUCAAGUUCAUUUACAAUGGAUAGUCUUCAUUCAUUUGAAUGUUCUCUUCGAGGUGCAUUAGCAUCUAUUGAUGCUUUUAGAGCAGCAUGGGAUGGAAAUCUUCCAAUUGUUAAAGAAUUUAUUCAAAAUUAUCCAGCAUUUAAAGAUAAACCUGGUCUUUAUGGAACAACUCUUUUAUAUUCAGCAGCAAGAAAUAAUCAUAUGGCUGUUGUUCAAUAUCUUGUUCAAAAUGCACGUUGUGCUGUUAAUGCUCAAAAUUUACAAGAACUUGAAAAAGCUUUGUUUACAACAGAAAAAGGUGGACAUUACUCAGCUAUUCCAUCAGCUGCUUCAACAGCAUUGCAUGGUGCUUGUUUUUUUGGUAAUUUAGAUAUUGCUAUAUAUUUAAUUGAACAUGGAGCUGAUUAUUUUAUUCAAAAUCAAGUUCGAGAAACUCCAAUAAAAAAUGGAUUGGCAAAAGAAACUAUUCGACGUUUCUUCGAAGAUUUUCUUAUCUUAGGUUAUUCUCAAACAUCGAAUAUUCUACCUGAAGAACCGUUAAAUGAAAAACUACAGACAGGAAUAUUCGAUUGUGUUUGGGAAUAUAAAUCAUUAUCAAAUAAAGAAUGGAAUUCAUUUUUAGUCAAUGAAUCAAAUGAAUUAAAUCAAUCAGUUUUAAUAAAACCUGAUCAAGAAAUUAAACAAGAUAUUUAUUUAAAAGAAAAUUCUCUUGUUUCUAAUGUUUCACUUACUAAAUUUCUUCGAUCAACUAAAAAUAAAGAUGAAAAAAAUCAAUUAUCAUGGAUUCGUUGUCGUGGAUCAUCUUUAUGGAAUUUUAAUUGUAAUUGUUUAUGGCAAAUAAUGAUUAGUGAACAUCCAAAUCUACGAUCAAAUAAUGAACCAUCAUUAAAAGCAUUUGAUAUUCCAUUAACUAAUGAUAGUAGAUUUAAAUUACAACUUAAUUGUUGGUAUAAUUGUACGACACAAAUUAGUUCACACUUUGAUAAAGCAAUUAAUUAUAGAAGAAAAAGAAUUACUAUCGAUGUUGAUUUUAUUAAUGAUGAUAAAUUUCAAUUUAAUCUUCAUUUGUUUAUAUUUACAAAUCAACAAAAAACUAUAUCCGGUUACAUUCGUUGGAUACCAAUAUUUCCAUCGAAAAAUGGACAUCAUUCAAAUAAGAUAAGCAAUAUUGACAAUGUACAAAAAUUAUCUAAUUUUCAAGUUGAACCAUCAAAUAAAAGAAGACAUAAACAAAUAUUUCAAAGAAAUUAUGAAAAUUCAUUAUCCGAUGAUGAUGAUAAUUUUCAAUAUGAUGAAAAUGAGGAUGAUAUUCAACAGUCAACACAUUUAAAUGCCGAUGAAGAUGAUGAUGACGAUGAAGACAAUGAUCAAAAAGAGAAUGCAAAAAGUCGUGAAAGAGGGUGUUGGUCUUUGUAUGCUCUUGAAAAGGAUGAUGAUAAUGAUACAGAAUCAGUGAUCAGUGACGAUACAACAAGUUUAGAUCUGAACGAUUAUUUAAAUGAACGUCCUGAUCAAAUACAAAAAGCAUCCACAUUGGAUGAGUCAACUUCAUCUAUUCAUCGUCAAGAAUUAGAAGCAAUAAAAGCAGAAUUAGAAAAAAAGAAACACGAUAAUGAAAAUCUUCAAACUCAAUUUGUAGCUGCUCAAGAAGAAAUACAAAGACAAAAAGCACAUACAACUCAAAUGUCAGCUAAACAAAAAGAAGAAUUUGAUAAACUCAGUAAAAAAAUUGAAGAAUUAAAUAUUGAACGACAAAAAAUCGAGACAGAAAGAUCUAAUCAAUUAAAAAUGGAAAAAGCAAUUAAAUCUAUUGAUUAUAAAAAUAUUCAAAUAGAAAUUGUACAAGAUUUUCUUACACCGAAAUUUUAUCAUAUACUCAAUUAUUUAAAACAAAUUAAAACUCAAUUUAUGAAUUAUCAAAAAGAUAAAAUACCAAAAAUGCAAUUUGAACAAACAAUAAAUGGAUAUACUGUUUCUAUUCUCGGUUUUCAAGAACAUCAUGAUACAUUCAAAGGUAUUGUAACAUGUAUUAGAGAAUUAUUACGUUUAAAACAACGAGCUAUUGAUUUUCAUCAAAGAAAAUUAAAUCAACGAGCAAAUUCAAUUAAAAAAACUAUUUUCAAAGUUAAACAAAAAACUUCACUUUGGAAACAAUAUUCGAAAAUUUUUAUUCAAUUAUUAGAUGAAAAAUCAAAUGAAUUUAUAAAAAAAUUUUAUGAUUAUAUUCAACAAGUAUCAAAAUCUUUAAUUAAACAAUGUAUUUCAAAUGAUUUAAAUACAAUUCGAAAUGAAAUACGAAAACAAACAGAUCAAUUUAUGAAAAAUAAUUUUUUAAUUAAAGAAAUUGAAAUAUUUAAACAUCAAGCUUUUGAAGAGUUUAUUAAACAAAAUAUUAUUUUUCAAAGAACUUAUCAUGAGAAAAAACCAUCAAAAAAAUCAAUAUCAGUUUUAGAAAAACUUAUUGAUAAAAUUCGAAAUUCAUUGAAAACAAAUUCAUCUUUUAUUGGUCAUGAAUUAAAACAUUUUAAUUUAAUACCUGAUUUAUUACAACAAGUUAUUAUUUUUUAUUCUUGUUUUAAUCUUCAAUUACCUUUAUUCGAAUUAGCUGAUGAAUUAUUAAACAAAAUUGAAAAGAAUACUGUUACCACUAUUGCAACAUCAACUGGAUCAGGUAAAUCUUCAUUAUUACCAGCUUUACUUGCUGCUGAAGGAUACGAUAAAAUAAUCGUAACUCAACCUCGACGUUUACCAUGUACAUUAAUAUGUAAGCGUGUCAAUGCAACAAUGACAUCAGUAGUAGAUCAAUAUUCACCUAAACUUGCUGGUUGGGCUGUUAGUGGUGCUGAAAAUAAUCAAAAUGCAACAAUUCUUUAUUUAACUGAUGGUUUAUUAAAAGAACGUUUACUUUAUGAUGAAAAUUUUAUAACACAAGAUACUCAAUUAAAUAAGUCGAUUGUUUUUUUUGUGGACGAAGUUCAUGAAAGAUCUGUUAAUAUUGAUCAUUGUUUAGCUUUAUUAGCCCGUAUAUUAAAAUUAAAACCAGAUUUACAAUCAAAAAUGAAAUUAAUUAUAUCAUCAGCUACAUUAGAUGCAUCUGUACCAAAACUUUUUCGUCAAAUAACAAAUCUUAAAUGUUCUGAAUUUGAAAUGACACAAAUGGGAACACUUUAUCCAAUAACAAAAUGUUCUUGUCCAAAUGCAAAUAUUUUAAAUAUUGUACAAGAAUUAUAUCAAGAACGUCGACGACAUGAUCAAAUUCUUUGUUUUGUUAGUUCAGUAAAAGAAGUUAAUGAAUAUUGUACAUUAAUAAAAAAGAUAACAAAUGGAGCUAUAACUGCUUAUCCACUUAUUCAAUCUCAACAAGCUUCUGUUCAACAAGAUUAUAUUGAUAAUGGAAGUGUUUUCUUUUCGACAACAGUUGCUGAAACUUCAUUAACAUUUCCUCAAUUGAAAUAUGUCAUUGAUACUGGGAUGAUUACUAUACCUGUUUAUGAUCCAAAAUCAAAAAGAACACUAUUAAAAGUAGAUCGAGCUGCUGAGUCAACAAUAAAACAACGUUUAGGACGAUUGGGACGAACACAACCUGGAAUUUAUUAUUCUUUAUAUGAUUUUAAAGUUGAAGAUAAAAAAUAUCCAACACCACAAAUAUGUCAAUUCAAUUUAAUGGAUAUAGAAUUUUCAUUAAGAAAAUCACCAAUUAAACAAGGUUUAAAUUAUAUGAAAGAAUUUUUACCUGAUAAACCAUCACAACAUAUUAUUGAUCAUACUAUUGAAGAACUUAGAAAAUUAGACAUUUUGAAGAAAGAUACUAGUGAAGCGCUAACAAAUCAUGGUGUAGCUCUUGGAAAAUUACCCGAUUUCGGUUCAUUGGCAAUGUCAAAAUGUGUUUUAGCUGCACUAAAAGAUUAUAAUUGUGGAGCUGAUCUUAUUGCUCUGUCAUCAAUUUUAAGUGUUUUAAAUACAACAACUUUAUUAAAAUCAAUUCCACAAAAUUUUAAAAGUUCAAAUGGAGAUUUUAUGACAUUAUUAAAUGUAAUGGAUGAAAUUUUAGUUGUUAAACAAUCAGUUCCAAGUAAAGAAUUUAGUUUAGAUCGUAUUUGUCGAGCAAAAGGUUUAAAUAAUAUAAAACAUAUUCUUCGACAAGUAUUAAGACGUUAUAAUAGUUUAGAAAAAUCAUUAGAUUUAUCAAUUGAUUAUCGUGGUAAAGCAAAAAUAAAAUCAAAUGAUUGGGAAUUAAUUGCUAAAUCAUUAUUAUCUGGCUAUUAUGAUAAUAUAUUUGUAUCAGCCAAAGAAUUAUAUGAACAAACUCAUCUUUAUAUUCAAUAUAACGGUUCAACUGAAGAUAAUUUUGCUGAAUUAGACUCACAAUCUGUUUUAGCGAGAUCAACAUAUAAAAUUCCGCCAGCUUUGGUUUUAUCACGAGAUAUUCGUUAUUCAACAUCAAUUCGCUCCAAAGCAAUUCUUUCAUUUGUCGGAACAAUUGAACCUGAAUGGAUUGAACAUCCAAUAAAACGUCAAUUAAAAAUCAAUAGUAAAGAAGAAACACGUCUUAAUAGUAAUAAUAUAUUCACUAAUGCUUUAUCGAAAUUUUCUAAUCGAAUUACUAUGUUAUUAACUAAAACCGAUGUUAGUCUAUUGGGACGAGCAGGAACUGUUUUUAGUUCUGAAUCCCAUCUUUUACAACAAAUGGUUGAACAAUUUCAAUUUAAUUUAGAAAAUAAAAAUACUCCAAAUACAGCACAACAUACAAAUUUAUCUCGAAAUUUAGAAAGUGUUAUGAAAAUGCCUCAAAUAUUUAAUCCAAUGAAAUGGCGUUGGAAAAAUAAAAAACAAGUUAUUAUUACAGUUAAUUGUAAUAUAGCAACAAAUAUUUGUGAAGUUACAGUCAAUGGAAGAAAUUCAGAAUAUAAUAAUGUUAAAAGAGAAUUUGAUUCAUUUUUGUCUUGGUUACAAAAUUGUGCCGUUAUUCGACAUCCUAAUUCAGGUGUUUCACCACGUGUUUUUCGUCCUCAAGUUCGUUCAAAAUAUCUUGAUAUUGAAGAACGAAUAUCUCAUAUAACUGAUUGUAAACGAACAACAAUUGAUUUAUAUAAUGGUGCCAAAGGUGUCAAUGCAACACGUGAAACACGAAUGGAAGUUGUUGCUUGGAUAGCUGUAUGUAAAUUUUCUUGUCGACUUGAAGGAGGUUUUGUACGUGAUUGGGUUGUUGGUCAAUACACAUCACGACCAGCUAAUCCUACAGCAAGUCCGAAAGAUUGGAUAUCCUAUAGGAAUUCAAUUCCAAAUAUUAAUCCAGAAGUCGUUCCUGCUGAUUUAGAUUGUCAUUUACCCACACAUGCUUAUUUUGAUGUUGAAAAAUUUUGUGAUGAAUUAUAUAAAUAUGAUAUAAUAUGUAAAGUCUUUCGACAAGAUUGGAGAUAUGUUUUAUUAAUUGAUGAAAAUGCUAAAACAGGUCCAUUUACAAUGGAUUUAAUUGAACCUCACGUUGCAUUAACACAGGAUCGUAUUGAUUUUGAUGUUAAUAAUUUAUUAUUAGAAAAAGAUUAUACACGUGAAUUAGGAAUGCGUGUUGAUAUUCAACAAACACCUUACUUAAUUGAACUUGAAACAAUUGUCGAAAAUAGUAAAAAUAAACGUUUUCAAGUACUUCGUCCAAUUGAUGCUCAUCUUACUAAACGUAUUGAUAAAAUGGUCAAUAUUCGUAAAUGGACACAAAUUGGACAACCAUUUUUAGUUGUACCAAAUCCAAAUCCAAAAUAUUCUGCAGUUCUUGUUCCAUUACUUCCAUCAACAACUUUAUAUAAAGAUCUUGAACAAAAAAUGAAAACAAUUGGAACAUCAGUUAAAAUUAUUUCAAUUGAACAAGUUAAAAAUCCUUUAUUAGAAGAUACAUAUGAAUCGAUGAAAAAAAUCAUUGCUAGACAAUGCCCAGGCUUCAAUCCGAAUGAGCGUGAAUUAUUUCAUGGAACUAAACAAUCUGGAGUUGAUGGAAUUAGAGAUGAUGGCUUUGACGAUCGACACUUUGGUUUAGAGGGAAAUUGGGGUAAUUAA